AUGAGACGUCAUACUGGAGAAAAGCCGUUUACUUGUGAUCAGUGCGGGAAGAGUUUUGCAAAAUCAGCUAACCUUAAAAUACACAUGAACAUGCACACUAGAGAGAAGCACAAAUGUGAUCGGUGUGGUAAAACGUUUCUAUGGGCUUCGGUACUGAAGGAACACUUGAAAGUUCAUGCAAAGGAGAAGACACAUUCAUGCCAUUUAUGUGGUAAGAGUUUUUUGCAUCUGCAAAAUUUGAAAGUACAUCAUAAAAAAGGUAAGAGAGAAUACAUGUGUAUUAAUUGCGAAAAGACUUGUUUAAAGCUGCCCGAAAAGAUGCAAACUGGAGAGAAACCUUUUAAGUGUUCACACUGUGAAAAGAGAUUCUAUAAGUCAGGAUGCUGUAAAAAACAUGAGAGGAUCCACACGGGCGAGAGACCUUACGAGUGUUCUCACUGUGAUGAAAGAUUCAGUAAUUCAUCAAAUCUGAAAAGACAUGAGAGGAUCCACACCGGAGAGAGACCUUAUGAGUGUUCACACUGCGGCAAGAGAUUCAUUAAGUUUGGAGACCUGAAAAUACAUGACCGGAUCCACACCGGAGAAAGACCUUAUGAGUGUUCUCACUGUGGCAAGAGAUUCAGUGAUUCAUCAACUCUGAAAAAACACGAGAGGAUCCACACCGGAGAGAAACCUUGUAAGAUAGGGGUUGGCAAGUCAGUUUGACAUCGGGCCAAACAGCCUUUUCGCCACUUGAGGGCAGGAUAGAACAUAGUCAAAGGAUAAUUAUGAAAUUGGUGAGAAUUUGGUAAUUUUUCUAAAUUGGCAUUAUUGGAGAAAAUAUUUUUUGAUCAGUUUAGAUAACAAUAUUCUUGAUGACCAGAUCACAGCACUGAGUCAGCAUUGCUUAGAAGGUCAAAUGAUUUAAUCCUUGCUUUGGACUAAAUCUGCCAUCCUAACGUUACUUGAUCUUAGCUUUAUGUUUAAUUCAGUUGAUCAUACAAUUUCACUUAAUCAUCUAAGGGAGGAAGUUGGCAUCUCUUGGGGUACGGCAUUAGAUUGGUUUUACCAGAAAGAUAAGAAGAGAACCAAAGUUGGGACAGCACGGAAAACGCAAAUAAAAAAAGAAAGUCAUUUCUAAAUUUACUUUGACUUGUAUUUCAUUGCAGGAAAUAUGAACACAAAAUAUUUCAAUGUCAGCUUAAUUUCAUUCAUAAAUAUACAUCCUUUUCUGUCAUUCAGACCUGCAACACAUUCCAUAAAAGGUUGGGACAGGAGCAAUUUAGGGCUAGUAGUCAG